GGCAUACUUUGUUUGACCAUGCUUCUCUUUUCCUUCUUCACUCUCUUCAUCUUCAACUUUAUAAAUACCCUAAAAUCCUUUUUCUGUUUUCAAAUCCCCAAAAUCAAAAUAAUCCCAUUUCAUUGUUCACAUUCCCCGAUUCAAACUUCUUUGAAUCAUUCAAAACAAACCCACAAACUCGUGCCUUUGAUUUUCAUUUCACCCUCUCAAGUCUCAUCUCUCUGUUUUUUCUUCCACUAUAAAAACAGAGUUCUUCACAACAAAUCUCCCUCAUCUUAAACUUCAAAUCCAACCUAACCAAACUCCAUUUUGAUUCUGUUUAAUUUAGUUUCUGGGUUUUGAUCCAUGGGUUUAUCCCUUUCACUUCUCCUUUCUGCCUGGAAGGAAAUUAUAGACCAAGGCUUGUUCAUCAUACGCAAAAAUCCAAGUUUCUCUGCUAGAGAUACAGCUCUGUUUUUGAAAUCUAACAGCUUCAAAAUUACAGACCAAGAACCGAUCAAAAACAGAGUAACCAGAAGCAAACCAAAUAGUUUGAAAGGGAAUAAACCAGAGAAAGUGAUUCUUGAAACGAAUCUCUCGUUUAAGUCGCUUGUUGAAGAUGCGGGUUUCAGUUUCUCAGUUUCCGCUGGGAAAAAUGGAGGAUCGGAGACUCCGGGGGUUUCCUUGCCGGAGCCGGCGAUUAUGUACUCUCCUAGACCGGUGACCGAGCUUGAUGCGGCGGCGGUGAAGCUGCAGAAGGUUUACAAAAGUUAUAGAACGAGAAGGAACCUUGCGGAUUGUGCGGUGGUGGUUGAAGAAUUGUGGUGGAAAGCCAUUGAUUUUGCGAAUUUGAAACGAAGCUCUGUUUCGUUUUUUAAUAUCGAAAAGCCGGAAACCGCCGUCUCGCGGUGGGCCAGGGCCAGAACCAGAGCGGCCAAGGUGGGAAAGGGUUUAAGUAAGGACGAAAAGGCUCAAAAAUUGGCUCUUCAGCACUGGCUUGAAGCUAUUGAUCCACGUCAUCGCUAUGGCCACAAUUUACACUUGUACUACGACGUAUGGUUCGUGAGUGAGAGCAAUCAACCAUUCUUUUACUGGUUGGAUAUUGGAGAUGGCAAAGAAAUAAGCCUAGAGAAAUGUCCAAGGGCAACUCUACAAAAGCAAUGCAUCAAAUAUUUAGGACCAAAAGAAAGAGAAGCUUAUGAAGUAAUAGUGGAAAAUGGGAAGCUGGUUUACAAGCAAAGUGGAAGUAUAGUGGAAACAAAAGAAGGCUCAAAAUGGAUAUUUGUUUUGAGCACUACAAGAUCCUUAUAUGUUGGCCAAAAAAAGAAAGGUCAAUUUCAACAUUCAAGUUUCCUCUCCGGCGCCGCCACCACCGCCGCCGGCAGAUUAGUCGCCCAUAAUGGUGCCAUUCAGGCAAUUUGGCCAUACAGUGGUCAUUAUCACCCAACAGAAGCCAAUUUCAAUGAAUUCCUCAGCUUCCUUAAAGAAAACCAUGUAGAUCUCACCAAUGUGAAGCUGUGUGCAAUUGACGAUGACAGUCAAUACAAAGCCGUCGAUCAGGAAGAGAAACCAAAAUCACGAGAAGAUUCCUUCAAAUCUACACCGUUAGAAGAACCCAAAUCAACGGUUCCCAUUGAUUCAGAAGAGAAAAAGAUGACAGUAACCGUGCCGCCGGUAGCUCAAAAGAAAGACGACAUGGCGAGAAAAUUCGACAUGUCGAAACGAUUGUCGUGCAAAUGGUCGACAGGAGCUGGGCCUAGGAUCGGGUGCGUCCGGGACUACCCAGCUGAGCUACAAACGAGAGCACUGGAACAUGUCAAUUUAUCGCCUCGAGUGGGCCCUGGGCCGUUGGUUAAUUAUGGGCCGAUUCCUUCUCCACGUCCAAGCCCAAAAAUUAGGCUCUCACCAAGGCUGGCUUAUAUGGGCCACCCCAGCCCAAGAACUCCAAUCCCUACGGCUAAUUAAGCCCAAUAGGUGGAAAUGGUUAACCCAAUUUUUUAAUUCCUUCGUUGUUUUUUUUUCUUUUUACUUUUUUUGUUUUUUUGGGUAGAGGGGGUAAUUGAGAGCCAAAGAGUAAUUUGAUUUGGCUCGAGGUUAUAGCGUUAUUUUGUUCUUUACAUAAAUUCUUAUUGUAAAAAAGAAUAAAGUUGAAAGGAAAUUAUAUACUUUUGAUUAA